AGAGAGGAGCCCUUAUCCACAACGCACCAUCAAGAAACCUCAGCCGUCGAUUCCAAACAUCCAACGUCUCAGAGUAGGGGUCACACGCUCGAACCGCCGCGUCCCAGAUAGCGCCACGCGUGCGAGACAGUGCAAGGGGAACCCGGAGUCGACACGCACCGUCCCCCCCGGCACCGCACUAUCCUCCCAAAGGGCCCCACUGCCCUUACCUCCACGGAGCGUCAGACCACUAUCCCUUGCGGCGGGCCCACCCUGGCUUCCAAUGGGGAAAUUGCUAUAACACUAUAAAUAGGAGCUUGAGGUGGCCCUUCCGAGCUUAGGUGAACAGAGAGAAGCUUCUUGAGUUUAAUUCUUGGGUUCUUCGUUCUUGUUGAAGUAAUCAAGGGCAUCAUGGGAUGCUGCAGUGAUUUCCUUCAGAGGGCCAAGCCCUAUGUUGCCAUGAUCUCACUCCAGUUUGGCUAUGCGGGCAUGAACAUCAUCUCUAAGGUCUCCCUCAACCAUGGCAUGAGCCAUUACGUCCUUGUCGUGUACCGCCAUGCCUUUGCUACCCUCUCCAUUGCUCCAUUUGCACUCUACUUCGAGCGGAAUGUUUGGCCCAGGAUCACGUUCUCAAUCUUCGUGCAGAUAUUUGUGUUGGGCCUGCUGGGGCCCGUUAUAGAUCAAAACUUCUACUAUGCGGGGUUGAAAUUUACCUCCCCAACCUUCUCCUGUGCCAUGAGCAACAUUCUACCAGCUAUGACCUUUGUGAUGGCAGUUAUAUGCAGGAUGGAGAAGGUGGACCUUAAGAAGAUUAGAUGCCAGGCCAAGGUGGUGGGGACUUUGGUGACUGUGGCCGGAGCCAUGUUGAUGACUCUCUACAAAGGACCUAUUAUGGAGAUGGUGUGGACCAAGCAUGUCCAACCUCACAGAUCCAGUGUACCAGAAACCACAGAUUCAAGCGACAAGGAUUGGCUUAAGGGCUCUAUCUUCCUUGUUAUAGCCACCUUAGCUUGGGCCGCACUCUUUGUCCUCCAGGCAGUAACACUUAAACAAUAUUCGGCUCAGCUCUCUCUCACAACAUUGAUCUGCUUUAUGGGAACCCUGCAAGCCAUUGCUGUGACACUUGUAAUGGAGCACAAGCCUUCUGUUUGGAAAAUAGGCUGGGAUAUGAACCUCCUUGCUGCUGCAUAUGCUGGGAUUGUCACAUCUAGCAUUGCAUACUAUGUCCAGGGACUGGUGAUGCAGAGCAGAGGGCCAGUCUUUGCCUCGGCCUUCAGUCCUCUGAUGAUGAUCAUAGUUGCCAUCAUGGACUCUUUCAUCCUUGCAGAAAAGAUCUACCUGGGAGGAGUUCUUGGUGCGGUUUUGAUUGUUGUAGGCCUGUAUUCAGUUCUCUGGGGGAAGUACAAAGAGAACAAGGACAUCAAGGAGAGUAAAGUCAUGGCUCUCCCCUUAGCUAUAACAUGCAGCGAAGGAAAUGGGCAUAACAUGGAUUUAGAAAAUGAGGAUAGAAGGGAAAGAAAGCCAAUGGCAUGAGUUUCUCCACCUCCCAUGACCAAUCAUAUAUAGCAGUUUGAUUCCCAAUUCCAGAAAUUCCCAUGAAGGUGGAAGAACCAAACGCCUAAUUUAUAAUAUCUAGUACAGACUGAUGAAGAGCGCAAGAGACACGAGGAAGAGAGCUAACUGAGUGGCUAUAAGAUCCAAGAGAAAUGUAUCUUCUUUUCUUCUUCCUCUUCCUCCUCUUGUCUUAUUCUGGUGAUGUAGUGGGCUUCAUGCAAGCAAACUUAAGAUUGAUAUAAUAUAA